AUGGCUGUACACAGAAUUUUGUUUUCGCCAUUCAGUGCGGAUAUUCCACACGCAUUCCUCUGCAACGACUCGAAGUCUAUGCGUUACUGCGGACCCUACAUUGAGACCGCGCUGAAUUUUGCACGCGUUUACCGUUACCAACUGCAGCUGGAGCAACUAGAGGACUUGCCCAACAAGUUAAUGUUGCAGCAACAGAUUGUCGAUGGACAUUAUAACCUUUCGCUACAUGGCGUCAUUAUACGGCCAAGUGAGAACGUAUCGCAGCUUCAGUCAAAAGAUGUGCAGUACAGUUACCCGAUCGAAUUAUUGCACAACUGUGUGAUGGUCCCUCUUGCUCCGGAGUUGCCCAAGUGGAAGUAUGUAGUGUGGCCUUUGGGCCGCUAUAUCUGGACAACUCUAUUCGUGAGCAUAUUCUAUGUAGGUCUGCUCAUGCGCUACGUCCACUGGCAUGAGCCACGCAGUGUGACACGGUCGUUCUCUAGAAAUCUAUUGUACAGCAUGGCCAUCUUAAUGUACAGCUCCAACAUGAAUCUGCGGCUGAUGCACGGCUCUAUACGCAUGCUUGUCUUCUAUAUGCAGCUCUUUUUGCUGGGCUUCAUUCUGUCUAACUACCAUAUCAGCCACUUGACUGCGUACGAUAUGAAGCCGGUUUUUCUACCGCCGAUUAACUCGUGGGCGGAUUUAAUUGCCUCUGGCCUGCGCAUUAUCAUCCCCUCCACGUUGCUCGAAGAGCUUCGCUUGUUGCCCGAAUAUCAGGAGCUGAUGCAUCAGCCUUCGCGUUCCUAUUCUUAUGUCGUUACCCAGGACACUUGGGAGUUUUUAAACCGACAACAGCAAGUGCUCAUCCAGCCGCGUUUUCACAUGUCCAAGGUAUGCUUUGGUGGUCUCCUAAAUGCAUUGCCCAUGCGUCAAAACGUAAGCUUUUCUUUCGCUCUCGACCGCUUCCUUCUAAACGUGAAGCAGGCGGGUCUGUGGAACUAUUGGAAGGAGAUAGCCUUUCGCAAUGCAUGUCGCGUGGGUCUUGCUAAGAUUUUUCUCGACACCUAUCCAGUAGAGCCUUUGAACUUGAAGUUCUUUUACACGGCUUGGAUUGUUUUAGUUGUUGGCUUAAGUGUUAGCUCAUUGGCAUUGUGCAUAGAGCACUGCAUAUGCAGGUGCCGAGAAAGAAGGUUGCAAAUGACAUUAUGA